AUGACGAAUAACAUUGUGGUUCUGGGUGCCGGUGUGUCUGGUUUGACAACAGCCUACCUUCUGUCGCAAGACCCCGCCAACAAGAUCACCGUGCUGGCAAAGCACAUGCCAGGAGACUAUGAUAUUGAAUAUGCGUCUCCAUGGGCCGGUGCCAACUACAUGCCGGUAGGAAAGGAGGGAAGUGAUCACCAGAAAUGGGAGCGCAACACCUGGCCAGCAUUGAAAGAAAUCACGGAGAAAUACCCCGAGGCCGGUAUCCACUUCCGAGGUACCUUGAUCUACAACAGAAAGAAGGAUCAGGAAUCAGACACCGGAAAGUGGUUCUCGGAAUUGGUCCAGCCAAACCCGUGGUAUAAGGAUGUCGUGCCUGAUUUCAAACCCGUUGCUGCCGAUAAAUUGGCCCCUGGAAUAGAUAACGGUCAGGAGUUCACAUCUGUCUGCAUCAACACCGCUGUCUACUUGCCAUGGCUGGUGGGUCAAUGUGUGAAGAACGGUGCCGUGUUCGAGCGAGCUGUCUGCAAGCACAUCACCGACGCCGCCAACGCACACCACACCGGCCAGAAGGCUGACGUGGUGAUCAACUGCACCGGUCUCUCGGCUAAGACCCUCGGCGGUGUCCUUGAUGACACGAUGUAUCCCGCACGUGGUCAGAUCGUCGUCGUCCGCAACGACCCCGGUCCCAUGAUGUCGCAAUCUGGAACUGACGACGGUGAGGAUGAAGCGUUGUAUAUCAUGACUCGUGCUGCAGGUGGCGGUACAAUCCUCGGUGGUUCCUACCAAAAGCACAACUGGGAUCCCCUCCCAGAUAUGAACCUUGCCAACCGCAUCAUGAAGCGUUGCAUUGAGAUCAGCCCCAGUCUCGUUAAGAAGGGGCAGGGCAUCGAGGGACUGGAUAUCAUCCGGCACGGCGUCGGCCUGCGCCCCCUACGAAAGGAUGGCACUCGCAUUGAGAAGGACAAUGUCGACGGUGUGGCAGUUGUCCACAACUACGGUCACGGCGGAUUUGGUUACCAGGCUUCCUUCGGCUGCGCAUAUGACGCUGUAGCAUUGGUCAAGGAGGUCCCCUCUACACGGCACGGCACUUGCGAACCCCCGGAACUCAAUGCUAGCCCUGAGAUAGUGCUAGCGAUGCUCAUAGAUGCCCUGAUCAAGGCACGGCCGAUCUCCCACGAGUUAACGCAGAAAACUAUGAAGACACUGAUUGAAGCUGGAUAUCAUGAUAUCAACGUUCUCUCAAACAGCUCGUGGGAAGAUCGAACAAUGGUCUUGAGCGAGGGAGGUUACAACCGAUAUCGAGAGCAGUGUGCUACCAAUCUCGGAGAGCUUGGAAAACUGGUUGUUCAGGAAUACGAUGGGGAUUUGAACAAUCUCCUCAAACAGGCCAACGGAAAACGAGAGAAAGCCAGGAUUUUGUUGAAGGAGGUCAAGGGGAUUGGUGACUUGGCAGUAGAGGUGUUCUUCAACAAUGUCCAAAGCGUUUGGCCAAGCAUUGCUCCCUCCGUGGAUUCUCGAAGCUUGAAGACAGCAGCGGAGAUGGGGAUGGGGACUGAUUUGGAUCAAAUAUACGAGGUGCUAGGUGAGGACCCUGUGCGAAUGAGUUGGUUUGCCAACGGCCUCGCUGAGGUUCGACUGGAGAAAAGGCAAGAAGUAAUUGAAGAGGUUUGA